GUUUAAAGAAAGAUUGAACUUUUAACAUUAUAAAGCGUUCAAAAUCUUUUUAAUUUCUUACGUGCAUACUUAGUGGGGAAAUAUAGCUAAACUUAUGAAGUAUGUUUAUGCUAUGAUCCUCUUUAUUUCUCUAUUUCUUAUUGCAAUGAACGUUCACGCACUUUAUGUAUGUCGUAGUGUAUCUGAUUGUCCAGAAAACUUUUGUGUGCCUCCUUUGACUAUCCAGUGUAUUAAUUACACAUGUAUAUGUGAUGAUCCUCCAUAUGGUGAACCGGAAUAUGAUAACAACGAUGAUUUUGUGACUUUGAAUAGAGAGAAAGCAAAAAUAAAAAAUGAAGAGAUGAUGAUGAGAGAGAGGGACAUGAUGAUAGAGAUAGAGACAUAUAGCGUCGCAGAUGAUCUAGAUCCUCACUUAUAAUUAUAUCGUAUGAGAAGAAGACCAAAGAGAAUGCCAGAUGCCUGGCAACGAAGAAUGAUUAUUUCACUAGUAUAAUAUCUAAGAAAUAUAGUUUAUGAUAAAAUAUUUGAUGAUAUGUAAUUUAAUUAUUGUGUUGGCACCCACUAAUUGGGUGUAGUUUGUUGUUAAUUUUCCUUUCCAAAUUUUAUAUACCAUGCAUGAUAUUAUGUUUUUUUUUGA